AUGGUCAUGUCGGAGCCAAAAGCAGAGUCGCCGUUUACGAUCAGUGCCUUGGGGAGCAGGGGCACUGGAUUAUCUUGGCUCUCCAAUUCUGGAAUCAUCAAGCUCAACUUAAUGCUUGUGCUUUUACAAAUAUCGAGCUACGCAACAGGUUAUGAUGGAUCGAUGAUGAAUGGGCUGCAGUCACUCACCACCUGGAAAACCUCUUUUAACAACCCCGGACCUUCUGAGCUGGGUCUUCUAAAUGCAAUCCAAAACGUGGGUCAGCUCGUCACAAUGCCUAUUUGCGCCAUCAGUUGCGACAGAUUUGGCCGUCGCCCGGUCCUAUUCGCUGGCGCCUUCGUUCUUUUAGUCGGAGUUGCCUUACAGGCUGCAGCACAGAACGUCGGUAUGUUCAUUGCAGCCCGCGGAAUCAUUGGCAUGGGGCUCGUCCUAAACAUCACUGCCGCGCCGCUCCUCCUCCUGGAGUUGGCCUUCCCAAGACAACAGGGACCACAGGUAGCCAUAUACAACAGCUUGUGGAACCUGGGUGCUUUGGUUGCUGCAUGGAUCACCUACGGCUCGUUUCGCAUCGGAAGCACCUGGGCAUGGCGGCUUCCUUCGCUCCUUCAAGGCCUCUCCAGCGUGCUUCAGAUUGGACUCUGCUUCUUGAUCGAGGAGUCGCCCCGAUGGCUUAUCAGUAAAGAGCGCGAUGAUGAGGCAAGAAAACUCAUUUGCAAGUAUCAUGCCAACGGCGAUGAUUCAGAUCCUUUAGUCACACUGGAGAUGGAGGAGAUUCGCACUGCGCUUCAACUUGAGAACGAGGCAAGACGCACUACCUCGUACUUGACGUUCUUCCAAAGCAAAGGUAAUAUCAGACGGUUUUUUAUUAUUCUGUCUGUGGGAUUCUUCUCCCAGUGGAGCGGUAAUGGUCUCAUCUCAUACUACCUCACAUUAAUUCUCAACUCGAUUGGAUAUACAGCAGAGAGCACGCAGACUCUCAUCAACGCACUUCUCACACUGUGGUCAAUGAUUUGGAGCUUGGUAUUUUCCGCUGUGAUGAAUCGAUUUGGUCGACGCACUCUCUUCCUUAUCUCUACCGCAGGUAUCCUGGCGGUCUAUAUUGUUUGGACCGCCCUCGAGGCUACGUAUGAGAAGCGAUCAGCAGACGGAACAGGGGGCGGCGGCUACGCAAAGGGUGUCUUGGCCAUGAUCUUUCUGUACAAUUUCUUUUACUCCGUCGGCUGGACGCCUCUGCAAGUUACCUACUGCAUCGAGAUAUUACCGUUCGACUUGCGCGCCCGAGGUCUCGUUCUGUAUAACCUCUUCGUCGCACUUGCUGGUAUCUUUAACCAGUACGUAAAUCCGAUCGGUGUAACAAACAGCACAUGGAAGUUCUAUAUUACCUACGACGUGUGGCUGGCUUUCGAGCUUGUGGUGGUCUACUUUUUGUUUGUGGAGACCGGCAGUCUUAGUCUGGAAGAAACUGCCGUUAUCUUGGAUGGAGAAGAGUACGGGAACAAAUUGGUUGGAGUCGCGGUAUCUGCAGCCGAGCAGAAAAUUGUCGAGAGAGCCAAGGUGCAGGCUAUGGCAAAUGAAGAGAUAGUGUCGGAGAAAUUAUAG